CUGGGUCUCUGUUCGGCGGCAAGCGCUACGGCCGCUAACCCCUUCAUCUGAGGUGCUGGUAGUUCAUAGGAUUUGUUCGCAGACCCACCGAAACGAUCCGCGUUAUAGCGCGGUCGCACCAGGAGACCUGUGCCUCCAAUCCAGGCAAGAGGCUCCUUGUGGCGCGUCGCGCGGGGACGCUACGAGGCGCAGCCGCGCCGUCGCGCUGUCGCCGCGGACACGAGAUAGCAGCGCUCGUGAAUUCGUGAAAUAUGCGGGCGUUUCUCGCCGUCGCGGUGCUCGCCGUGGCGCAAUCGCUCUCUGAAGAAACACUCGCUGCUUUUGAAGCGCUAGGGGAAAGAUACGGCAACUUUUAUAAUAUAGAUAAUGAGCGAUGGAGCGACGACGACAAACUCGCGCUGCUACAUCUGAGAUUAAAAGUGGACACUGGCGAGGGUCGGCACGUGCUGAGCGAAGGUGAUAUCGACCUGAUCAUCAAGGGGCUGGAUGAGUUACCCGUCGUGCGCGGCGACAUCCUCGAAAUGAUAGGUAUGCAUAUUGGAGCAUACAAAACCUUAAUCGAAGAGAAUCACGCGGCCAACCCUCAGCCGGCUAGACAAGCCAUGUACGACGACCCAUUGAUGUCCAGACUUCGGGGAAAGAAGACGUUCGAAUGGUUGCUCGACUUUGCCGCACGCGAACGCGACCGGUGCGCGGUCACGCGGGUACAGAAAACUACGCGAAUGUGUGAGUUCGUUCUAGACCAGUUGGCCAAGCUUUUCCUACUAUUACUCACGCAAACAGGGUUUGAUCCCGCCAGGCAUCAGCUGCCAGCUCAUCUGGCCUUCGAUUCGCUAGUUGAUUCGCAUGCUGCCGAAAUCAUGGAGGCGUUCCAAUUCGCGUCCGCUCAUGAAGCGAACAUGGCCCGUUCGCUGCUCUUCGAGAAGUCGGAUGUUGUCAAUGAGGUAGCGUGGACGAAUCUGAAGGAUAGGGUGUCGUCGGGCGAAAAAAUGGCCACAAGCGACGUCGAGAUGCUACUCCAUCAGCUCGAGGUUCCGGCCGAACGGAAGGACGCCUCCCUCCUUAUAGCCAGUUACCUUUCCAGGCCUGUAUUUCGCCGACGGCCUGCACGUUCAGACCCCUUGCAUUCUCGUCUUUGGGAGACGGAUACAAUCGAUUACCUGCUCGACCUGGCCAUGACCGAGCACAAGGAAUGCGAUCGGGCGGGGGGUUGUGGUGAUGAUGACAACGACUUUUUGGGGGGCAUUACUGAUACCUUGAUACUCUUGGCCUCGGACGCCGAUGUGCAUGUGGACAAGGGUGACGCAACACUGGCAGAGAUAAACUUGCUCGGAUACCUAGCUGCCCGAGGAGAUGACCUCCUGGUGCUUGGCCAGCACAGGAUUGACGCUGUGAAGGCGCGAGGCCACCUCGAAGGAGUGGAGAUGGCGAUCAGCCAAGUAGAGAUACUGCAAUCAAUACUCCGCGGGCGUUUCGGUGUUCGACAAGUCGUACAAGAUCUGCUGGAGCUUGUCUCGAUGGCCACCGUCGUCGUACUAGCCUCGCUCUACGUCUGGAAGCGCCGCGCACCCGCCCAUGAGCGCGCCGCGCGCGAGCUCCAGGACGAUUUGGCGCCGUCUGCGCGGACGCGUCGCGGGCGCGUGACGGAUGCCAGGGUCGCGUCGGUUCCCGUGUGGGCCACACUUUUCCGCGCUGCGGUCUGUUGCGUCGCUCUUCUCCACUCUGUUAUAGUUCUUAACAUGGAGCAAAAUAAGAAAGGCACGGCCUUGAUAGUGGUGGUCGUGCCUUUCCUCUCUUGGAACGGAAUUUGGACGGUCUUUGAGCGGUUUGCUCCAGAAGGCAGCAUUUGGGGUCGCGUCGGCGCUGAUGCCCUGAUGCUAUUGGAAAUGAUUGCUGGUUACGUGCCAGGUAGAGAUUCUUCCAACUCAAUUCGUACCGGGGGGGGCUUUUUCAUCCUGCUCGGCACGGGCAGGCUCGUCUACGACAGCGUCGGCUGGCUGAGGCGCUUUGUGCAAAAGUCGGGCCCUGGCGCCGGUCGGGCGCCCCAAGCGGACGAGCGCCCGAGCACCGGCGCGCGGGCGUCGCAGCAGCGCGGCGCCCGCCCGGGCCUCCGGAAACGGGCGAAUCGCGGGCGGCGACGCGACGCAACGCCCCGCGCACCUGAGCCCGACCCACCGGAGACUCAAUCGGAGAAUGCUGCGCCGAAACCAAAAACGUCAGAGCCCGAGCCGGAGCCGGAACCAACGCGCGCGACCGACGUGCAGGAGACCGUCCCGGAACCCACGGCACCGGAGCCGAAAGUGCCAGAACCCGAGCCCGAGCCGGCGCCCGUCGCCGAGUCGCGCGCGCCAUCAGCCGCACCGGUGCCCGAGGCGAAGGUAGAGGAGCCAGUCGUCGCGCCGACGGCCGCGCCCCUCGAGGCAAAAUUGGAAGAGCCCCUCCUGGCAACUGAGGAGCCCGCCGCCGCGCCCGAGGGCUUCGAGAUCGUGGCGCGCGUUUUAGAACACCUCAACGAGCCUCAUCUCUUGCCUAUCUUUGUCGCCGAGGAAAUUAAUGAUAACGUGCUGCCGUGUCUGGACCCGUCAGAUUUGAUUGGCCUGGGCGUGUCCCAGAUGACAUGCUUGACCAUACUGGGCGCCGCGCACUCGGCCGCCAAGAACAAAAAGCUAGAGACGGAGGACGUGCUCGACAACGUCGCGAAGCAUCAGAGCGUGCUCGAGGAAGCGCUCCGAGAGCAUCGCGAAGAGAUCAAGCGGCUUCGGAUUCGUGAAUUGCCCGAGGAUCUCAUGUGUCCCAUCACGUGUGAAAUUAUGAAAGACCCCGUUCUCUGCGUCGAAGAUGGCCAUACGUAUGAGCGAGUCGCUGUGGAGCAGUGGUUCGCCACCGGCGCGCGCACGUCGCCGGCGACCUCACAGCACCUCGAGUCGACGGCACUCGCUCCGAAUCAUGUAGUUCGGAAGCUCAUCGCCGCGCUGCUGGAGCAGCACCGGGGCUAGUAGUAAUGUUGUAUUCCUG